UUUGCUACGGUUGCUGAACCACUACGUGCAGUGCUCAGAGACUCUAGUGAUGUAAACUUCAGGUGGUCAAGUCAAGCUGACACAAGUUUUGCUGCACUUAAAAGCUUGAUCGUGAAUAGCCCUGCUUUGGCUCUUUAUGACCCUGAGUUGCCUACUUAUGUCACUACUGAUGCUUCUGAUUACGGACUGGGAGCAGUACUGACACAAAUGCACGUUGAUCAGACUGAGAGAGUUGUAGCUUUUGCCUCCAUGACUCUCUCCCCAGCUGAACGGAAAUACUCUACUGUGGAACGUGAAGCUCUUGCCUGCGUGUGGGCUGUGGAAAAAUGGAGAACUUACCUCUGGGGACGUCGUUUUGUGUUGCGCACGGAUCAUCAGGCACUUACGACACUACUCACCUCCAAGGGUUCUAGCCGUGCUGGAUUGAGAAUCGCUAGGUGGUCAGCACGCCUGCUCUGCUUCACUUAUGAUGUUACAUAUCGCCCAGGCUAUAUGAAUGUGAAUGCAGAUUGCCUUUCUAGGUUGCCACUGGCUGAUACAAAUGAGGACACUGAUGAACCAGACAUGAUUGCUGCUAUAUUCAGAGAAUCACUGUGUGCUAUUUCCCUUACAGAAUUUUCAGUUGCGUCUGAAAAUUGUCCUGAGUUGAUAUUAUUACGGCGGCAGAUUCAAGAAGGUUGGCCUAAAACAAAAAAAGACCUGCCACAGUAUGUUGCACCUUAUUUUCAGUUACGGGAUGAACUAUCAGUGCACGAUUCACUUGUCCUGAGAGGCAGUGACCGUCUAAUUGUUCCAAUUUCACUCAGGGCUAGAGUAGUUGAUUUAGCGCAUGAGGGACAUCAAGGCAUUGUCCGUACUAAACAGAGGUUACGUCAGCUUUACUGGUGGCCACAACUAGACGACCUAGUUCAUUCUGUCAUUUCAUCUUGGAUUAACUGUCAAUUCAGUGAUAAAGUUGCUAUUACUGCACAUGCACCACUUACACCUGUUGAACUUCCAAGUAAACCAUGGGAGAAAGUAGGUGUUGACAUUACUGGCCCAUUUGAGAAUGCUACUUGGGAUUGUCGUUAUGCCAUUGUACUUACAGAUUAUUACAGUAAAUGGCCUGAGGUUGCAUUCUCCUCUACUGUUACUACAGAAGUUGUGGUUCGCUUUUUAGCCACUGUGUUCAGUAGGGAAGGAAAUCCGAAUUUCCUUGUCUCUGAUAAUGGUGCUCAGUUCACAUCCCAUGCAUUUGCAAAUUUUCUAAAAGAGAGAGAGAUAAAACACCUGAGAUCUAGUGUGUACUAUCCUAAAGCAAAUGGAGCUGUUGAAAGAUUUAACAGAGUGCUAAAGGAGUGCAUACAGACAACUGAAAGAAACCGUAGACCAUGGAAGGAAGCUGUUACAGAGUUCUUACACAAUUAUAGAGCUACUCCUCAUGCGACUACUGGUGUUACUCCAUUUGAGUUACUCCGUAACAGGAAAAUGCGCACCAAACUAAACAUUCUUCCAACUGUUAACAAAAACAGAAUCCAUGAACAGGUGAAAGAAACGGUGAAAAGAAAACAAAACAAAAUGAAAGAAUACACUGACAAAAGAAUCCGAGCAACACAACCUUCAUUUAAAGUGAAUGAUACUGUUCGUGUCCGCAGACCAGAACAUGUAUCCAAAGGAUCGUCAAAGUUCACAGAACCGUUGACCGUAAUGAGAAAAGUAGGACAGAACACCUAUCUUUUGAGUGAUGGACGUAAGUGGAAUGUUUCAAAACUCGCACACUUUCCAAAACAAGCUGUAAACGUUGCCACUGAAAAUCAUGACGCCGUAUUUGAUUCUCUUGCAUUGCCUGAAAACCCUAAUGUACCUGAUCCUGUUCCUAGACGCAGCCAGAGAUCUAGAAACACACCAAGAUGGUUGACAGGUUUUGUAAGAUAGAGGGAAAAUACAUCAUUGUUACUGUUCUAAAGGUAAAAUAAGAAGUUAAAAUGACAGAUGUUUAAAAUGAGGUUACACAAGUGUUAUUAACCAUUUCAAAUGUCAUUGUGUAAUACAGGUUGAAAAAUUUGUUAUUGUACUAAUUCAAAUGUUAGUUUGUACAAAGUUUGUUGUAUGAUACAAAAAUGUAAGUAAUUGCUUCAGAGAAAGGGAAAAUGUUGUGUUGUGAAAUGAAGUGAACGCUAGGGGGUGCACUUGGAUAUUGCAAUGAAGGGCAUCCUAAAAUGUUGUGUAAAAGAAAAAGAACAAAGAGAUUAAAGAGGGAUUGAAGCCACUACACGUCUGUUGCUUGCUUUGUUACUUGCCUUGCUACAAU